AUGAGUGAACCUAGUCCUGGGCCCAUCUCUCAAAAGCCCAACGAAGAAGUUUAUAAGCCAAGGGUUCCAUACCCACAAAAACUCAUUCGCCCUAAACAAUCGGCCCAAAUGGAACAAAUCCUAGAGGUUUUCAAAAAAGUCAAGAUAAACAUUCCUCUUUUAGAUGCCAUUCAACAAGUUCCUUCUUAUGCUAAGUGUCUAAAAGAUUUGUGUACCCAUAAGCGAACCACUCAUGUUCCUAAGAAGGCCUUUUUGACCUCUCAAGUUAGCUGGAUUCUCUCGAAUCAAAUUCCCGUGAAAUAUAAGGACCCCGGUUGUCCUACAAUUUCUGGUGUCCUAGGUAAGACUUUCGUGGAUAAAGCUUUACUUGAUUUAGGAGCGAGUGUGAAUCUUCUUCCGUUCUCGGUCAACCAAGCCCUAGGUUUAGGGGAUCUCAAGACCACCAAUAUGACCCUUCAACUUGUCGAUCGUUCUAUUAAAAUGCCAAAGGGGAUUAUUGAGGAUGUGUUAAUCAAAAUUGGUGACUUUAUCAAUCCCGUUGACUUUGUUGUUCUCGAGACUCAACCCGUCUCGAAUCCCAAGAACCAAAUUCCCAUCAUUUUAGGACGACCUUUUCUUGCUACAUCGAAUGCCCUAAUCAAUUGUAGGAAUGGUUCAAUGAAGCUCACAUUUGGAAACAUGACCAUUGACUUAAACAUUUUCAACGUAGGAAAAGAACCCAACGAGCUUUAUGAACAACCGAUAGGGGUUAAUGUGGUCAACAAGUUUGUCACAUGGUCUAGUUUCGAGGAUGGUGAGAUUGAGUCUAUUUUGAAUGAGGAUUUCAAAGUCAACCAUGAGAAUAAUAGGGCAUAUCAUGAAUCUUUGAAAGAUUUGACCUCGGAGGAGUUGUUAGGAGAAUUGAACGACAUUUGUUCAAAAUGGGAAACUCCACCCGAGAUUGUUAGUGUUGACCCUAGGCCCUAUUUUGAGAGUCAUGUAGGUGAACCACCGACAUUUGACUCAUUGUUCCAUCAUUCGCUUAGUGCCUUAGGAAAAGAUGAAAACAUUUCCAACAUCAUUCCUAGUGAUUUAUCCCAUGACCAAAAUUGCAUUGUCUCUAAUUUGCUUGAUAAUAAAGAAGCAUUAAGUUGGUUUAGGGAGAACAUUAGUGAUACUUGUCCUAUAGGGGUAAACUAUGGUCACGUGCUAGAGAAAGUUUUUGUGCCUAAAAAUUUUCGCAAACAUUUUGAUUCUUUCUCGAAGCUUCCUCCCAUCUUUCCCUCUGGAAUUGGCCGAUUUGCUUCCGUCCUCGUACCUUCUCUCAUGAAGUUCAGGUAUGGGGAAAGAAAUUUGUGA